AUGACUUGGUGCAUAUUAACACGCAUUUCUUCAACAAAGGUAGGUGCUGGAACAUUAACAAAGAAGCCACCGACGUGACAGGGCCUGCCUCUUGACGACGCUCCACCCAAUCGAUCUUCAUCUUCUUCUCCAUAUCUCUGACACCAAACCCUAAUCCACCAUUAACACACACAAUCAUCAAUCAUGUGGGUAUUCUACCUGAUCUCGUUACCUUUAACCAUGGGGAUGGUGAUGCUCACGUUACGAUACUUCGCCGGACCUGAUAUACCUCGUUACGUCCUCUUCACCGUCGGUUACACCUGGUUUUUCUCUCUAUCCUUCAUUAUCCUCGUUCCUGCUGACAUUUGGGCUGCUAUGAGUGAUCAGGACAUGAGAGGUGUUUCUUUCUUUUGGAGCUGGUCAUAUUGGAGUACAUUUUUACUUACUUGGGCUGUGGUGCCUAUCAUUCAGGGUUUUGAAGAUGCUGGGGAUUUCACAGUGACUGAAAGACUAAAGACCAGUUUACAUGUGAAUUUGUUGUUCUAUGCAAUCGUUGGGUCUGUUGCACUUAUUGGACUCAUACUGCUUAUAUCAAUGCGCAAUAACUGGGGCGGUGGUAUAAUGGGAUUUGCGAUGGCUUGUUCAAAUACAUUUGGACUCGUGACCGGUGCGUUUCUUCUUGGGUUUGGUUUAAGUGAAAUUCCGAAGGGCGUUUGGAUUAAUGCCGACUAUAUUACUCGCCAAAAAGUUCUUUCCCAUAAAGUGGCUAGGGCUGCUCUAAAACUUGACGAUGCUCAUCAAAACUUGUCAAAUGCUAUUGUUGUUGCUCAAGCAACAUCAAAGCAAAUGUCAAAGCGCGAUCCCUUGAGACCCUACAUGGAUAUUAUUGAUAAAAUGUUGAUGAAUAUGCUUAGUGAAGACCCUUCUUUCAAACCCCAAGGAGGAAGAUUAGGGGAAAAUGAUAUGGAUUAUGACACUGAUGAGAAGUCUAUGGCAACACUAAGACGCCAACUUAGAAUAGCUAAAGCCGAGUACUACCGUUGUAAAAGUGAAUACAUGAGUUUCGUGAUAGAAGCCCUAGAGCUCGAGGACACACUAAAGAGUUAUGAACACCGUGAUGCUACUGGAUGGAAAUAUAUUUCAAGCCUCAGGCCUGAGCGUCCAGGGAAGAUGGGGUUGUAUCUUGAUAGAGUUGAGCUGGUAUGGCGGUCUAUCAUGAAGAAGCAACUCAAAAAGCUUUCGGCCAUCAUAUUGGGCUGCUUGACUGCCGCAAUUCUUCUAGCAGAAGCCACUAUACUUCCUCGUGGAGUUGACUUUUCUCUUUUUUCUAUUUUGAUUAAUGCUGUUCAAACUAAUGAAGUGCUUGUGCAGGUUAUAAGUUUCAUUCCCCUGAUGUACAUGUGUGUUUGCACUUACUAUUCAUUAUUUAAAAUUGGAAGGUUGACUUUCUACUCACUUACGCCAAGUCAAACAAGUUCAGUCAGCCUUUUGAUGAUAUGCUCUCAGGUGGCGCGAUAUGCACCUCCAGUCUCGUAUAACUUCUUGAAUCUUAUUCAUCUUCCAGCUGAUGCCACUACUGUCUUUGAACGGAGAAUGGGGAAAAUUGAUGAUGCAGUCCCCUUUUUUGGGCAAAACUUUAACAGGAUCUAUCCACUUAUAAUGGUUGUAUAUACCAUAAUGGUGGCAAGCAAUUUUUUUGACCGAGUUAUGAGUUAUUUUGGAAACUGGAAGAUAUUCAAGCUGGGAAAUGAAGAUGAAGCCGAUGAUCUUGACGGAUUUGAUCCAUCAGGAUUGAUGAUUUUGCAGAAAGAACGGUCUUCCAUUUCUAGAGGACAUAAGGUUGGUGAAUUUGUGAUUCCCCUAGCAAGAUAUUUUAAUGACACGGCUACUGAUAUAGAAUCCGGAAGCAAUAGUAUGAUUGCUGCGGAUUCAAAACAAACUCUUUCAAUUGAAGAUGGCACUACCAACAAAUACAAACCAUUGAGAACGGGCCAGACCGUAACUCGGCCCGGUUCAGACAUAAAUAUGACUGCAGAUACCGAUCCCAUUAUGAGAAAUGAACAACAGUCUAGGAUAACCUCAACCUGGAUGUCUAUGAAGACCAAUCUCCAAAACUUUAAAUCUAAUAUGGCGGCCAAAAGAUUCAUGCCUUUGCGCCAGUCUCAAGAUUCACAAGAACCUCAACAUCGAGAUUCAUCCGAGUCUUUAGAUGAAAUCUUUGCCAGAAUAACAAAAACUCCACGAAACGACGAUGACGAUCUUGACAGGUAUGCAGUGGGCCCCAGUAGACAUGGUAGGUGAGACAAGUGAGUAUAAAUUUUGUUGUAUAGGAUGAAGAAAGCAAAUGACAAUUAUUCAUGUAUACUUACAGCAUAGAUGGGAAAUGCACCCAUGGUUUAGAUGAGUUAUGUUUAUGUGAGCAUAACUCUGGCUCAUUAUGUAACUAACAUUCAUUGUCAUUAUAGUAUAGUGUUUUUUUUGGGAUUUUAA